AAGCACAACAAACAGCAGCAAUACUACCACAGUCUUCACAGCUACAGGCUGUGCAGGUCCACCUAAGCUGUGUUGCUUUGGUUUAAACUCCACCUGUCACAGGACGAAUUGUUUCUGUGAUGAGGCCUGCGUGAGUUUGGGUGACUGCUGUGUGGACUACACAUCAACUUGCCCACAACCAACCAACCAAACAAGCAGCAGUACAUCUGCACCAGCAGAUAACAGCACAACUCCAUUAGUAUCUGCAACAACAGCACCAAGCACAACAAACAGCAGCAAUACUACCCUUAUGACAACUUUAACAUCCACAGUCUCUGAUACUACAACACCUACCACGACAGGCAGCCCUGCAGCAUCUACACUGGUGGAAGUGACAACAACUUCAGCAUCUACAGUCUCUGAUACAACGUCAACCAGCCAAACAAGCAGCAGUACAUCUACACCGACAGAUAUCAUCCCGUCUUCAUCAGCCUCAGUCUCUUCAACAACAGCACCAAGUACAACAAGCAGCACUACUGCAUCAUCAGAUGUGACCACAGUGUUUACUACAGCAACUAGUCAAAGAAGCAGCACUAUAUCUACACCAUUAGAUGACCUCACAACCUCAGCAUCCACGGUCUCCACAGCUACAGCAGGAAAAACACUGGCAGACACCAGUUCAACUCCAGAUGCUAGUAGUGUCACAUCUUCACCAGCAGAUGGGAGCCAAUCUGAAUCCACCACCAGCUCAGAUACCCAAACAGUGACUGUUCACCUUAAAGUCUAUGCUUCGUCCUAUGAUAACGAAAAUGAAGCUGUGAUUUUAGAGGCUUUAUCCAAUUUUAUAUCUCAGACUCUUAUCGAGCAGAAUUGUGAGGACUGCACUGCAACAAUCAAAUCCAUCAAACUCACCCGGGAAAAGGUCUAAUUAGACCAAAAACAGGUCGAGUGCCAGUGAAACUGGAAUAAAUCAUCACAAAAAGAACAAGUAAAAAACUACAAGAACAGCAUUGAAAAAGCAUAGUUGUAAAAAUACUGCAGUUUCUGUGAAUUGUUUUCACAGGGGACACAAACCCUAUUCUCCUGGGUGAACGUCUGCAGUUAGUUCGACCCAAGAGUUGGGAGAGAGCUGAAUAUCACAUAGAUGCAAGGAUGACACAUACACUAAAAAUACCCAGUGAAGGUUUUCUACCACGAGAAGGAACAUUACUGUACACAAGAAAAACAGAAAGAAUUAAUAGUGAUUUCCUUUUGCUCCAAACCUGAAGCUCCUAAAUAUAACUUGGCCUAAACAUGACCACUGGCAAUGAUGUCCAGUGUUCUUUUCCUCCAGCUUUUUGCUGUAUAUCAUAGAAAGUAUAACAAAAUAGUUCUUUACUGCACCCACAUUGUUCUGGGAUUUUGCAUUGUUUCAAAGAUCUGAUGUCCAGUUUUCAAGUUAAUUUUAGGAACCAAACGUUCCUCUGAAAUCUCACUUUUCUGAACAAAUCUUUUGACAAUAUAUCAGACUCGACUGUGUGUUUCACUGCCAAACACACUAUUGAUUCAAAGAUUCUGUUCUCACAGCUGUGCAUACACUGUAUGAUAAUAUUGAUAAUGCAUUUCAAUAAAUUGAUUAUUUAUCACUAUCUGAUACUGUCAGAAAAAAGCUCAAUGUGCAAUAAAUGAUAAUACAAAAUGUUGCUUGCACUUGCUCAUCAUAUAUAUCUGAAUAGCAGUGCUUUGUUAGGUUUUCUAUUGACUCUUCCCUGUUC